AAUCGAAAGGAAAAGAAGAACAGCUUUCGAAGAAAACAGUAAGGAAGAAAAGUCGCUUAUUUGUUCCGUUUUCAGAGUGAAAGGAAAAAAAUAAAAAAAUCAACGAAUAAAAUAAAAGAUCAAAGCUGUGUACGGAAAACUUCAGAUCUGCAGGUUUAAAAGACUUGGUUACUUUAAUUAUGCAAUGAAAAUUCCAAAUUCCAAAAAAAUAAAUUAAAGAAAUGAAAUAUUGAAAUGAUCCGCAUCGUUUUGGAAUGACCAACUGGCAUAGAAUUUGAAUCUUUCCUCUAGCAGCCAGGCAAGCGAGCAGCAAUGGAGUCAGAAACGGCGUCGUCGGCGGAGGAACAGCAAGCGGCUGGUUCAGCAGCUGAUACCAGAGGCAAGCAUCGGAUUCUUGCUGAACUCAAGCGUGUCGAACAAGAAUCCAGUUUCCUUGAGGAAGAGAUGGAAGAACUUGAGAGAACAGAUAAUGUAUCAACGUUGUGUGAGGAAUUGCUGCUUAGCAUGGAGACAAGACCUGAUCCACUACUCCCAGUAACACAUGGCCCUAUAAACCCAUCAUGGGAUAGAUGGUUUGAAGGGCCCCAAGACCCCCAAGGUUGCAGAUGCCAGAUUCUCUGAUUUGAAGCAAUCUA